CCCUCCUCUUGCUGGCUGAUUGGAGCCACCACCUCGGCACCGCGCGACGCUGCACAACAGUCGGCACCGCGCUUCCUGUCCGCGCAAACGGCUCGCCUGGCAGCUCGCGCUCGCAGGCCACGCAGCGCGGGGUAAGACGCCGCCAGCAGGCGCCCGACCGGCUCUCUCCGCCCCUCGCCGUCGCACGAUGGCGAACCGCACGCUGCGGACGGCCGCUCCGCCGGCGCUGCGUCGCGCAGCGUCGCAGGUCGCCAGCCUCGCGCCCGGCGGCCUCUUCUCUGGCCCGCUCUCGGACGCGCAGCUCGAGGCCGCGCUCGAGCAGCUCUACGUGCAGAACGCCGACGGCUCGCACGACCUCCUCGUGCCGCACCGCGGGCGCAUCUCGCGCGUGCCGAUCCGUGCGACCCGCCAGGCCGUCUUCGAUGCCCACUGGCCGCACUUCAAGCUCGCGCCGCCCGUCGUCGAGAGCAGCGCCGAGGAGCAGGUCAAGGGCGACGAGCGCCGCCGCGUCGAGGCGCGCAAGGUCCGCGAGGAGGGCGGGCAGGCCGCUGCGGCCGCCAAGAAGGUGGGCGUCAACAAGGAGUUCUUCCGGCAGCUGCGGGCGAUCAUGCGCAUCCUCAUCCCAAACGCGCGCGGCAAGGAGGUGUUCCUGCUGAUCCUGCACACCGGCUUCCUCGUGCUGCGCACGUACCUCUCCGUGCUCGUCGCGCGCCUCGACGGCAUGAUCGUGCGCGACCUCGUCACUGCCAACGGGCGCGGCUUCCUCCGCGGCCUGGGUCUCUGGUUCGCCCUGGCGGUGCCGAGCACGUACACGAACAGCAUGAUCCGCUAUCUGCAGAGCAAGCUGGCCAUCGGCUUCCGCACUCGGCUCACGCGCUACGCGCAUGACCUGUACCUGAACAACAAGGCCAACUUCUACCGCAUCAUCAACCUCGAUGGGCGGGUGGAGAGCGCCGACCAGUACAUCACCACCGACAUCGCACGCUUCUGCGAGACCCUCUCUGCGCUGUACUCGAACAUCGCCAAGCCGAGUCUCGACAUCAUCAUCUUCAACGUGCAGCUCUCCAAGGCCAUCGGCGGCCGCGGCCUGUUCGGCCUCUUCUGCAGCUACUAUCUCACGGGCAAGGUGCUGCGGGCCGCGGCGCCCGCCUUUGGCAAGCUCGCGGCCAUCGAGGCGAAGCUCGAGGGCGACUUCCGCGGCGCGCACGGGCGCCUCAUCACCAACGCCGAGGAGGUGGCCUUCUACAACGGCAGCGCCAUCGAAGAGUCGAUCCUCAACCGCGCCUUCAAGCGCCUCGUCAAGCACGUCGGCAGCAUCUACCGCGUCCGCGUCGCGUACUCGAUGACGGAGGACUUUGUGCUGAAGUAUGCCUGGUCGGCCGCGGGCUACGGCCUCAUCGCCAUGCCGUACCUCUUCCCGGCCGCCGGUGCUGCGGCAGCUGCGAAGACGCAGUCCGCCGAUGUCGGAGUGGCAGAGCGGACCGAGGGCUACGUCGGCAGCCGCCGCCUGCUCCUCAGCGUCUCGGACGCCGGCUCGCGGCUCAUGGCCUCGUACAAGGACCUGGCCGAGCUGGCGGGCUUCACCAGCCGCAUCUACGUCCUCCUGCAGGUGCUGCACUCCCUCGACCGCGGACAGUACCAAAGCCUGCCGCGCCCUGCGGACCUCGCUCCCGGGCAGCCGUUCUACGACCUCGGCGAUAUCCGAGGCACCGUGCGGCACGGCAGCGGCGACGUCGCGCUCACCAAAGUGCCCAUCGUCGCGCCGGCACCGGGCGUGGAGCGCGGCGGCGAGGAGCUCGUCAAGGAGCUCACGCUGCGCAUCCAGCCCGGCAUGCACGUGCUCAUCUCGGGCCCGAACGGCGUCGGCAAGACGGCCGUGGCGCGCGUGCUGGCGGAGCUCUGGCCCGCCUUUGACGGCACGCUCGAGCUGCCCGACGCCAAGGACACCAUCUUCCUCCCGCAGCGCGCCUACCUCACCACGGGCUCGCUCAAGGAGCAGAUCAUCUACCCGCACGCCGUGCCGCAGUGCAGCAAGACCGACGACGAGCUCAUGGAGAUCCUCCAAGCCGUGCACCUGGGCUACGUCGUCGAGCGCGAGGGCGGCUUUCAGGCACGCAAGACGUGGACGGACGUGCUGUCGGGCGGCGAGCGGCAACGAUUCGCGUUCGCGCGCCUCCUCUACCACCAGCCACGCUUCGGCAUCCUCGACGAGACGAGCUCGGCCGUCAGCACGGACGUCGAGGGUCUGAUGUAUCAGGCAGCAAAGGAGCGCGGCAUCACUCUCAUCACCAUCUCCCACCGGCCCUCGCUCAUGCGCUACCACACGCACCUGCUGCAUCUCGGCGGCGAGCAGAACACGUGGCAGCUCGAGGAGCUCGGCGGCGACGGCUCGGAGGCGCUCUCGUUCGAGGACGAGAUCCGCGAGCUCGAGGCCAACCUCAAGGACGUCGAGCAGUGGCAGGCGCGCGUCGACGAGAUCAAGCGCGAGCUGCAGCCGCAGGCACUGCAGGCGGGCGCCUAGUCGGCAGCGUGCGGGCACGGCCGGCAGCAUCUGCUCACCGUCAGCGAUCUGCCGCAAUUCGAUAGCAUUACACCGCG